AUGGCCAGCAGCAGCAGCAGAAUGGACUCAAACCUUCCAACGCAGCCCAACCUGCGAUUAACUAUAAUUGCUGCCGAUGGGUUAUACAAGCGUGAUGUCUUUAGAUUUCCGGACCCGUUCGCAGUUGCGACAUUGAGUGGCGAGCAGACCAAAACUACGACAGUAAUCAAAAAGACUCUCAACCCAUAUUGGAACGAAAUCUUCGACUUACGUGCGAACGAAGAUAGUAUAUUGGCCGUGCAGAUAUUCGACCAGAAGAAGUUCAAGAAGAAGGACCAAGGGUUCCUGGGCGUCAUCAAUGUCCGUGUUGGAGAUGUCGUCGAUUUUUCUUCGCCCCAAGAUCAAAUGCUCACCCGAGAUCUUAAAAAGUCGACAGAUAAUCUUGUGGUACACGGAAAACUUAUCAUUAAUCUCUCGACGAAUCUAGACACCCCUCCAAGAGGAGGUAGCCUUGCCCCACCCACCAACGGCCUUUCAACCUCAAGCAAUCGACCUUCUCUUCAUACUCCAAGAGGCUCCGUUUCUGGUUUUUCAAACCCUACAUCUUCUCCUGCCCCUCAUACUCCCCAACCACAAGGAGUUGUUAUGGCUAAUGGGGCCCUAUCCUCUGGACCGACACCGGGACAUGCACCCGCUGCUGGCAGCGGCGGAAGCAACGCACCACCGGCCAGUGCAGGAGCAGGACAUCGAAAUGGUUUAAGUUCCUUUGAGGAUGCUCAAGGUAGGUUACCAGCUGGAUGGGAAAGGCGUGAAGACAACUUGGGACGAACUUAUUAUGUCGAUCACAACACAAGGUCUACAAGCUGGAAUCGACCAUCUGCAUCAGGGACAACCGAGACAAGGCAGGACGAGAGAAAUGCUAAUACCCAAGUGGAGCGUCAAAGACAUCAGAAUCGAACUUUGCCAGAAGACCGCACUGGUGCUAAUUCACCAAGCUUGCCACAACAAAUACCAACUAGCAGUAACAAUUCAGCUGCGUCUACGAUGAUGGCUACUGGCGCUACAACUGCAGGAACAGGAGAACUGCCACCAUUGUGGGAACAAAGACAUACUCCCGAGGGGCGUCCUUAUUUCGUGGAUCACAACACACGAACCACGACUUGGGUGGAUCCUCGACGUCAACAAUAUAUCCGCAUGUAUGGUGGUCAAAAUGCCAAUAACACCAUUCAGCAACAACCGGUUUCACAACUUGGUCCUUUGCCAAGUGGUUGGGAAAUGAGGCUCACGAACACUGCAAGGGUGUACUUUGUGGAUCACAACACCAAGACCACUACCUGGGACGAUCCUCGACUUCCAUCUUCGCUAGAUCAAAACGUACCGCAAUAUAAACGUGAUUUCAGAAGAAAGCUGAUCUACUUCCGUUCACAACCAGCGUUACGCAUUCUUUCCGGUCAAUGUCAUGUUAAGAUUCGAAGAUCACAUAUUUUCGAGGACUCUUAUGCUGAAAUCAUGCGACAAUCUGCCACGGAUUUGAAGAAACGACUUAUGAUUAAAUUUGAUGGAGAAGAUGGUCUCGAUUAUGGUGGUCUGUCGAGAGAGUUCUUUUUCCUCCUUUCUCACGAAAUGUUCAACCCCUUCUAUUGUUUAUUCGAAUACUCUGCUCACGACAACUACACCCUUCAAAUCAAUCCUCACUCCGGAAUCAACCCAGAACAUCUCAACUACUUCAAAUUUAUUGGUAGAGUGGUUGGUUUGGCCAUCUUCCAUCGUCGAUUCUUAGAUGCAUUUUUUAUUGGUGCCCUGUAUAAAAUGAUGCUUAAUAAGGCAGUCGCCCUUCAAGAUAUGGAGGGAGUUGAUGCCGAUUUCCAUCGAAGUCUUCAAUGGAUGUUGGAUAAUCCAAUUGAAGGUGUCUUAGACCAGACUUUUUCAACAGAAGAUGAGCGAUUUGGCGUUACAAAUGUCGAAGAUCUUAAACCGGACGGAAGAGAUAUCGAAGUUACAGAUGAAAAUAAAAAGGAGUAUGUUGAUUUGAUGGUCAAAUGGAGGAUUCAGAAGCGAAUUGAUGAGCAAUUCCAGGCUUUCAUCAAUGGUUUCCAUGAGCUGAUCCCAGCCGAACUUGUCAAUGUCUUUGACGAAAGAGAACUCGAGUUGUUGAUUGGUGGUAUCGCGGAAAUCGAUGUUGAUGAUUGGAAGAAGCAUACAGACUACAGAGGAUACACUGAAUCCGAUGAGGUCAUUAAGUUCUUCUGGCAAACAAUCCGCAGCUGGGAUGGAGAACAGAAAUCCCGUCUUCUUCAAUUUGCUACUGGUACAUCUCGUAUUCCUGUCAAUGGAUUCAAAGAUCUUCAAGGUAGUGAUGGGCCGAGAAGAUUUACAAUUGAAAAGCAAGGAGAGGCCAAUAAUUUGCCAAAGUCUCACACAUGUUUCAACCGAUUGGAUCUUCCACAGUACAAGACUCUAGAACAAUUGCAAACGAAAAUGACUAUGGCAGUAGAAGAAACGAUGGGAUUUGGACAGGAGUGA